UUCCAUAUGGAUGGUGAUCCUUAUACAUUGGUUGGAUGAACCGUAAGAAUAGUUUUCAACUAAGAGUGGUGAAUCAUAUGGUUUAAGAAUUAAAAACAUAUCAUCCAGGAGAUGAUAAAUACAAUCAAAUACAUCUAGGGCAGAUGAUAAUAAGGGAAGAUCAGAGAGGCUCUCAAUUAGGAGAUGAUAAAUGGUUACAUACUUCUAACAAUCAAACACUUCCCAAAUUUUUUGGGAAAGUUACUGUAGCACUUUUCAAUCGAAGAUUAGGAGGACUAAAUGUGAUUUAAUUAUAAAACUAAUUACAUGGAUGGACGGGAAAUCGCGAGACGAAUCUAUUAAGCCUAAUUAAUCUAUCAUUAGAGAUUGGUUACUGUAGCACAACAUUGUCUAAUCAUUGCAUAAUUAGGUUCAUUAGAUUCGUCUCACGAUUUUGCCUGGGGGUGUGGAAUGGAUUUUGCGAAUUAUCCACAUUUAAUACUCUAAAUUAAUGGUCAAACGUUAUAAAUUACUUUAGCGAGCGAAUUUUUUUUGGAACUAAACGGGCUGUAAGCCACGAUGAAUGACUGGCCUGACGAUGAACUACGUCAAAAUGGCAACACAUACAACGGUCUCCGAUGUCCCCACGCUCCAAGGCUUUUGACCUAGUAAACCCUCCGGCAUAAUCGCUUGCCCGAUGGCCGCCGCCGCCGAAGCCGAAGCCGCCGGCGCGUUCCCCUCCACCGCCUCGUCCGACUCCGACUCCGAAGACCUCCUCCUCCUUCCAAACCUCCUCCCGUCCGCACCUUCCUCCCCGUCGCACUCGCAGCUCCACCACUUCCACGUCCCGUCCCUCCCGUCCCCCAUCACCGUGCGCGCGCUCCCCUCGCGGGGCCUGUCGUUCCAGCUCUGGCCCUCCGCAUCCACGCUCCUCCGCGUCCUCCCGGCCUCCCCGCACUUCCUCCCGCGGGCGCCUGCCCCGGGGGGCCCGCCGCUCAGCGUCCUCGAGCUCGGCUCCGGCACCGGCGCCGCGGGUCUCGCGCUGGCCGCGGCGCUCCCGGCCCGCGCCAUCCUCUCCGACCUCCCCGACGCGCUCCCCAACCUCCGCCACAACGCCGACCUAAACGCGCCCCUCCUCGCCUCCGCCGGCGGCGCCGCCUCCGUCGUGCCGCUCCCCUGGGGCGACGCCGCCGCGAUGCGGGAGGUGGCGGCGGCGCGGGCGGAGGCACCUUUCGACCUCGUCGUGGCGUCGGACGUUGUGUACUAUGAGGCGUUGGUUGACCCCUUGAUCGAGACGCUGCGGUUCUUCGUCAAGGGGGAGGUGGUGUUCCUGAUGGCGCACAUGAGGCGGUGGAAGCGCACCGACAAGAAGUUCUUCGGGAAGGCGAGGAAGCUGUUCAACAUCGAGGUGGUGCACGAGGACCCGCCGCUUGAAGGUUGGCGCCACGGGCCGGUGGUAUACCGGUUCACCGUGAAGAAGCAGCACGGCAAGAAGUGAUGAAGCUGCCUCAAGGUCAAGAAGACACUCAGGUUCUUGGAGCUGGCCUGGUAAGUUACCCAUGCAUUUGCUAUCCUACCAUCCUUGAUGCUACUUUUCCAUUUUACAUUGGCUGCAGAUACGAUCGAAUUGAUGUUGAUACCUACAUGGUUGUCGUCUGGAUCCCAUGUGUUCUUGUGGCUGUCAAACUCGACGGCCAAGAUCUGGUUGGAUAUCCCACUCUGAUCAGCACUGCCACUGAAGAGGCCAAGGUUACCAUCCGUGGAAUUAUUGGGGACAACAGAAGGGUAUGGUGAGAGGAAAAAGGCAAGCCCCUCACCAUAUGAGCCAUCAGUAACGUUAGCUUUUAUCAUGAAUGUGAAGCGGGUUGUGAAGUCAGCCAACUGACCAGUGGUGCUAUCCCAGAGGGUUACUGGAUCCUUGAAGACUGCUCGGCCGACACUGUGAGCAAUCUCGCCAUCCAUCUCUUCCUUGGUAAGCCUGACCGCCUUGUUGUAGAAGGCAUCCUCUUGGAACUGGAUUGUGGCAACUCCAUUGUGGUUCGAUUCAGUGAAAUUCAGCUUGAAAUACAGAGGACUGACGCAGCUGAUAUUCUGAAAUAGGAAUACGUGGAGUGCCAAGAAGCUGGUAACUGAGCUUCUUGAUCUCAUUGCUGUUGAGAGAGAGCUGGAGAAGCAGGAGGGGAGCAAGGGAGGAGAGGCAAAGCAUCACAACUUCUGUGGAACUGAGGUUGUUUCCUAUGUAUGCUGAUGUAAAUGAGUUCCCAACUUGGUCAGCCGUCGGUUACUUCACAGUGCAGACAUGCUUGUUUUUUGCGUAUCACUAUGGCCGGCCUGUCAAUAGGGCAUAGGCCUUGAAAGGACAGAUGUAAGCCACAGGAGAAGCCGCUCAAAUUUGAAGUUUAUAUUGGUGCUACCAGAGGGAGGAGGAUGUAUAAUAAUGGUAUGAUGUUGAAAUAUGAAUUGAAUUUUUCAACAGGAGAGAGGAUGCUUGGUUUCUAUCGCCAUUGCCGUCCUAGAUCACAGAUAAAUACAAAGAUAGUGACAUGAAACGAGGUCAAGUAUAGUCCGUCCACACUGAGUUUGUUGAUUGCCGGCCAAAGCAAGAUCUUUGCUUCUUUCAGCAAAUGGAGCAGGUAUCUUUAGUGGUAUCCCUGAAGGCCAGGAGCUCACACUUUCCUUCCCUCUGGCAUCUGUGCUUACCACACUGGAUCCGGGUGUAUUUUCUUUUUUCAUAUAGUUCAAUGACAAAUCAUGUCAUUCAUCUGUAGAUAGUUUACCUGGUCCUAAUAUCAGGUCAAUGUUUCUCAAUAUAUUGUGUAAACUUCAAUGUUUACAGACAUCUGUCGCCAAAUAAGAUCACAUUUAGUAGUAGGACGACUUAUUACUA